CAUUAACAUUUUUCCUUUUUUUCUCUGAAUUCUCUGACUUUUUCUCACAAGAAAAAUUAAAGCAGAAAAAGAAGAUUUGGGUCAAACUUUGCGUCUGUAAAUGUUUAUGGCAAAAUCUUCUUUUUCUGCAUAUGGGUUUUUGAUUUCAGAUUGUGGAUCAGAAAUCUGCUAAAAGUUUGAAGCUUUGUUGGUAUUGUUAAUAUGGAUUUGAAUAGUAAGGAGAAAGUUGAAGAAGGGUCUAAAUUGGAAGGGGUAGGUACUGUUAGUAAUAACAAUAUGGAAUCGAAGAGUCUUCGAAGCAUUAGUAGCAAAGAUAUGAUAUUCAGGGCUGAUAAAAUUGAUCUGAAAAGUUUGGAUGUUCAAUUGGAAAAGCAUUUGAGUCGAGUUUGGUCGAACAAUUUAGAGAAACAAAAUCAACACAGGCCUAAGGAAGUAUGGGAGAUUGAUCCUUUAAAGUUGGAAAUUAAGUAUCUUGUAGCUAAGGGUACCUAUGGUACCGUUUAUCGCGGUACCUAUGACAAUCAAGAUGUUGCAGUGAAACUGUUGGACUGGGGAGAGGAUGGCAUGGCCACAGCUGCUGAAACUGCUUCUCUGCGGGCAUCAUUUCGGCAGGAGGUUGCUGUUUGGCACAAACUUGACAAUCCGAAUGUUACCAGAUUCGUUGGUGCUUCUAUGGGUACUUCAAAUCUUAAGAUUCCUUCGAAGAAUCCUUCUGAUGGUUACACUACCCUUCCUUCUCGAGCUUGUUGUGUUCUUGUGGAAUUUCUCCAUGGCGGAACAUUGAAAAAUUACUUGUACAAAAACAGGAAGAAGAAGCUUGCCUUUAAGAUUGUCCAUCAGCUUGCUCUUGAUUUGGCCAGAGGGCUGAGCUAUUUGCACUCAAAAAAGAUUGUACAUCGUGAUGUGAAAGCUGAAAACAUGUUGUUAGACACUAGUAGAAAUUUAAAAAUUGCUGAUUUUGGAGUUGCUCGUGUUGAAGCACAAAAUCCCAAAGACAUGACCGGGGAAACUGGAACCCUUGGCUACAUGGCCCCAGAGGUACUUGAUGGCAAGCCCUACAACAGAAAAUGUGAUGUAUAUAGCUUUGGUAUUUGCUUAUGGGAAAUUUAUUGCUGUGAUCUCCCAUAUCUAGAUCUAAGCUUCGCUGAAGUCUCUUCUGCCGUUGUUAGACAGAAUUUGCGACCAAGUAUCCCAAAAUGUUGUCCAAGCUCUGUAUCAAAUAUCAUGAAGAAAUGCUGGGACGCAAAUCCAGACAAACGACCUGAAAUGGAUGAGGUAGUGAAAAUGUUGGAAGCCAUUGACACAAACAAAGGAGGAGGAAUGAUACCCGAAGACCAAGUUAUACAAGGCUGUUUCUGCAUUGUUCGUAGGAAACUCCGAUGUUUCUAAUCCACUGGCCCGAUUAACCCUGAUUGUGCCAGAGAAGCCCAGUAUGGGGAUUCUAGCGCUCCCUAUCGAAGAGAAGAUUUCAUUUUAAAGCAAUUCUUCAAGUAUAUAGUCUGGCAAAAUAUUUCUGUUAUGCCAUAUGGUAAUGGCAAGACUACAGGCUGUUUUUUGGUUUUCUGUUAAAGUUGAACAUGAGAUUUCAGAGUCAUUGGUGCUAAUAAUAUGACCAUUUUGCCCUCUUGAUUAGUACAAUCCAAUUGUUCUUAUUGUGGCA